UGUGGCUGUGGCGGCGGCGGCGGCGGCGGCGGCAUCGGCGGUGGUAGUGGUGGCGGCGGUGUUGGCGGCGGCGACGGCGCCCGGGCAGCAGCGGCAGCGGCAGCCCUGAGCAGGAUAUGGUGUAAGCUAUUUCUUCAAGAUUGGGCAGCUGAGGACCUGGUAUUUCUGAUUAGCCUUCAGCGGACUUAUAGCCAUAGAGAAACCUCACAGAGUUCCGUAUUUUGUUUUCUGCUUUACACCUUUCCUGGCACCUGAAUUCAUCUUGCAACCAUGUAUGGAAGUGCUCGCUCAGUUGGGAAGGUGGAACCAAGCAACCAGAGCCCUGGGCGAUCACCUCGGCUUCCACGUUCCCCUCGCUUGGGUCACCGUCGAACCAAUAGUACAGGAGGGAGUUCUGGAAGCAGUGUCGGAGGUGGCAGUGGGAAAACCCUUUCAAUGGAGAAUAUCCAGUCCUUAAAUGCUGCCUAUGCCACUUCUGGCCCUAUGUACCUAAGUGACCAUGAAAAUGUGGGUUCAGAAACACCUAAAAGCACCAUGACACUUGGCCGUUCUGGAGGACGUCUGCCUUAUGGUGUGAGGAUGACUGCUAUGGGCAGUAGCCCCAAUAUAGCUAGCAGUGGGGUUGCUAGUGACACCAUAGCAUUUGGAGAGCAUCACCUCCCUCCUGUGAGCAUGGCAUCCACCGUUCCUCACUCUCUCCGUCAAGCAAGAGAUAACACAAUCAUGGAUCUGCAGACACAGCUGAAGGAAGUAUUAAGGGAAAAUGAUCUCUUGCGAAAGGAUGUGGAAGUAAAGGAGAGCAAAUUAAGUUCUUCAAUGAAUAGCAUCAAGACCUUCUGGAGCCCAGAGCUGAAGAAAGAACGAGCCCUGAGAAAAGAUGAAGCUUCCAAAAUCACUAUUUGGAAGGAACAGUAUAGAGUUGUGCAGGAGGAAAACCAGCACAUGCAAAUGACAAUCCAGGCUCUCCAGGAUGAAUUGCGGAUCCAGAGGGACCUGAACCAGCUGUUUCAACAGGAUGGUAACAGUAGGACUGGUGAGCCUUGUGUGACAGAGCUGACGGAGGAGAACUUUCAGAGGCUGCACGCUGAGCACGAGCGGCAGGCCAAGGAGCUGUUCCUCCUUCGAAAGACUCUGGAGGAGAUGGAGCUGCGGAUUGAGACUCAGAAGCAAACCCUGAACGCUCGGGACGAAUCCAUCAAGAAGCUUCUGGAGAUGUUGCAGAGCAAGGGGCUUCCUGCUAAGGCCACUGAGGAGGACCACGAGAGAACAAGGAGACUGGCAGAGGCGGAGAUGCACGUCCACCACCUCGAAAGCCUUUUGGAGCAGAAGGAGAAAGAGAACGCUCUGUUGAGAGAGGAGAUGCAUCGGAGAGUUGAGAAUGCCCCCGAUUCUGCCAAAACUAAAGCUCUGCAAACUGUUAUCGAAAUGAAGGAUUCAAAAAUUUCCUCUAUGGAGCGUGGGCUCCGAGACUUGGAAGAGGAGAUUCAGAUGCUGAAAUCGAACGGGGCUUUGAGUACUGAAGAACGAGAGGAAGAAAUGAAGCAAAUGGAGGUCUAUCGGAGCCAUUCUAAAUUUAUGAAAAACAAGGUAGAGCAACUGAAGGAGGAGCUAAAUUCGAAAGAGGCUCAAGGGGAGGAGCUGAAAAAGAGAGCGGCUGGUCUUCAGGCCGAGGUCUUUGCCAUUGGUCAGGUGAAGCAGGAGCUGUCCAGAAAGGACACAGAACUACUAGCCCUACAGACAAAGCUAGAAACACUCACCAACCAGUUCUCAGACAGCAAGCAACACAUUGAAGUGCUGAAGGAGUCCUUGACUGCUAAGGAGCAGAGGGCUGCCAUCCUGCAGACCGAGGUGGAUGCUCUGCGGUUGCGUUUGGAAGAGAAGGAAACCAUGCUGAAUAAGAAGACAAAACAAAUCCAGGACAUGGCUGAGGAGAAGGGGACACAAGCUGGAGAGAUCCAUGACCUCAAGGACAUGCUGGAUGUGAAGGAGCGGAAAGUUAAUGUCCUUCAGAAGAAGAUUGAAAAUCUCCAAGAGCAACUUAGAGAUAAGGAAAAGCAGAUGAGCAGCUUGAAGGAGCGAGUCAAAUCCUUGCAGGCUGACACCACCAACACUGACACCGCCUUGACUACUUUGGAGGAGGCCCUCGCCGAGAAGGAGCGGACAAUCGAACGCUUAAAGGACCAGCGGGACCGAGAUGAGCGAGAAAAGCAGGAGGAAAUUGAUAACUACAAAAAAGAUCUUAAAGACCUGAAAGAAAAAGUCAGCGUAUUGCAAGGCGACCUCUCAGAGAAAGAGGCUUCACUCUUGGAUCUGAAAGAGCAUGCUUCUUCCCUGGCUUCCGCAGGACUGAAAAAAGACUCACGGCUUAAGACACUAGAAAUUGCUUUGGAGCAGAAGAAGGAAGAGUGUCUGAAGAUGGACUCGCAGUUGAAAAAGGCACACGAGGCAGCACUGGAAGCCAGAGCCAGUCCAGAGAUGAGUGAUCGAAUACAGCAGUUGGAGAGAGAGAUUGCCAGGUACAAAGAUGACUCUAGCAAGGCCCAGGCAGAAGUUGACCGCCUCUUGGAAAUCUUGAAGGAGGUGGAAAAUGAGAAGAAUGACAAAGAUAAGAAGAUUGCUGAGUUGGAAAGUCUCACCUCAAGGCAAGUGAAAGACCAGAAUAAGAAGGUAGCAAACCUGAAGCACAAGGAGCAGGUGGAGAAGAAGAAAAGUGCACAGAUGCUGGAGGAGGCCCGGCGCAGGGAGGACACCCUCAGCGACAGCUCCCAGCAGCUGCAGGACAGUCUCCGUAAGAAGGAUGACAGGAUUGAAGAGCUGGAAGAAGCACUAAGAGAAAGUGUACAGAUAACUGCAGAGCGAGAGAUGGUGCUGGCACAGGAGGAGUCAGCCAGGACCAGUGCUGAAAAACAGGUGGAGGAGUUACUGAUGGCCAUGGAGAAGGUAAAACAGGAGCUGGAGUCCAUGAAGGCGAAGCUGUCCUGCACCCAGCAGUCACUGGCAGAGAAGGAAACUCAUUUGACCAACCUUCGGGCUGAGAGAAGAAAACACCUAGAGGAAGUUCUGGAGAUGAAGCAGGAAGCCCUUCUGGCCGCCAUCAGUGAGAAAGAUGCCAAUAUAGCUCUUUUGGAGCUUUCAUCCUCGAAGAAAAAGACCCAGGAAGAAGUGGCUGCCCUGAAGCGGGAGAAGGACCGGCUCGUGCAGCAGCUCAAGCAGCAGACACAAAAUCGAAUGAAGCUCAUGGCGGACAAUUAUGAGGAUGACCACUUCAGACCCUCCCCUUCCAGUCAAAGCAACCAUAAACCCUCCCCAGACCAGAUCAUCCAGCCCCUCUUAGAACUUGACCAAAACAGAAGCAAACUAAAGUUGUACAUUGGACACCUGACAGCCCUCUGCCAUGACCGAGACCCCCUGAUUCUUCAAGGACUCACUCCACCAGCUUCCUAUAACUUGGACGAUGACCAGGCAGCAUGGGAGAAUGAGCUGCAGAAGAUGACCCAGGAACAGGCCCACCUACAUGACUGUGAAGUAGGUUCCAUUACUGCCUCUGUUUCCUGGUGGGGAAACCACGGCACAGAGUCUAUUUCCACAGCAACAUGGAUGGACCUAGAGGUUAUCGUAUUAAGUGAAGUAAUCAACUCGCCAGGUGUUUUUAGCUGCACGCAACAGAUACGUCCCUGGAAGGAGCCGAUGGGAUGGUCCUGUCUCUUUGGACGUUCUGGAAGGAGGGCAGGUGUGCAGAGCAGCAGCCGAAACGUCUCCCUAGAUGCCGCCCGGAGCGGCUCUGCUCUGGAAAUGCCUUGCUCUUCUCCCUUUCCUGGUCUCUCAGUCCCCUGUUUCCUUAAGCAGCGGGUCCCGAGCAGGGCUCCCCAGGCUGGAGCGACCCCCAGGGGAGCCCGUCUCGGAAGCCGUCGGUCCCCGGGGUCUUCCCCGGGCCCUGGGGAGGGGGCGCAGGCGGACCAUGCCCAGCCCGCCUGCCCUGCUCGCUGCCGCUGCCGCGCUGUUCGCCUGCUGGGCCCCGCUUCGGGCCGCGGCCAGCUCCUGGUGGUCUUUGGCUAUGAACCCGGUGCAGAGGCCCGAGAUGUUCAUCAUCGGGGCGCAGCCCGUGUGCAGCCAACUCCCCGGGCUCUCCGCCGGCCAGCGGAAGCUGUGCCAGCUGUACCAGGAGCACAUGGCCUACAUAGGCGAGGGGGCCAGGACGGGCAUCAGGGAAUGCCAGCACCAGUUCCGGCAGCGGCGGUGGAACUGCAGCACCGUGGACGACGCCUCCGUCUUCGGGAGAGUCAUGCAGAUAGGGAGCCGGGAGACGGCCUUCACCUACGCCGUGAGCGCGGCCGGGGUGGUCAAUGCCAUCAGCCGUGCCUGCCGCGAGGGGGAGCUGUCCACGUGCGGCUGCAGCCGGGCCGCGCGGCCCAAGGACCUGCCCCGGGACUGGCUGUGGGGCGGCUGCGGCGACAACGUGGACUACGGCUACCGCUUCGCCAAGGAGUUCGUGGACGCCCGCGAGCGCGAGAAGAACUUCGCCAAGGGCUCGGAGGAGCAGGGCCGCGUGCUCAUGAACCUGCAGAACAACGAGGCCGGCCGGAGGGACAUCUGUGCCUGUAGCGCUUAGGUGCAGCCUCAUCAGCAGAAUCCCAGACGCCUCUUGUCUUGACUGCCCCUCCUGUGUCAUUUGAACAGCUAGGAGGAUUGGAAGUUUAGGCCAUCAGACCUCGUCUAGGGUUUACGGUUUGUUAGAGGCUCAGGUAAAGCAGAGCUGACUUUUCAGGGCUGCCACCAUGCAUGUCCCGAGACCCAGUCCAAAAGCACCCUUCAGUGCUGAUGGUAAACACACUUGGGUGCUUCCGCCUAAGUGGAAGUGUGGAAGGCAAGCAUCCUUUGAAGGCCCAGUCUCAUCAACCUCAUGUAAGAGGCGAGGGGCUUCUGAGCCUCAGUUUCAGUGGAGACUAAAAUGCAGGUUUGGGGAGAGCUGGGCUUAUUGUUUGUGCAGAGCACACCUGGGCCAGGGCUCUGGGCUUCCUGCACGGGUGCUGGAGAGCUCGGGCCUCAUCUGCCGGCACCUGCUCAGGAGGCCCCCAUGUCCGAGCACACGGCCUGCUCCUCUCGCCUGAGCAGGCUCUGCCCCGACGGGGUCUGCCUCUGCUACCGACUGGAGGCCUCACUCAGCCAGAAGCUCUGUCUUCCGCUCUUCAGGCGUCCACUGUGGAUGUGCGUCCAGAUCUCCCUGGAGAGAGGUCUGAGGCCCGAGUGCUGGGUGGCAGGAGGUCCUCCUGGCGAAGGGCCGGGGCCACGGACCUCUCAGGAAACUACACCGACCUCUCUCUGGGAGAGCUGUCCACACUCAGGUCUGUGUCAAGCCCGGGCUCGGGGCCCAGCAAGGUACUUAGUGAGGCCAAAGAUGAGCUUACGAUAAAACAGGAGCAGCAGUUUCUGGAGGAGAAAUAAAUUCAGAAAUUUAAUGUUGGUUCAUUGGUGAUUCAGUAACAGGAUAUGGAUAUACUUCUAAAAAGUGUUAAUGUAUUAAUUUUUUAAAAAAUUAACUCGUUUCAUAGGAGCACAUAUCAAACAAAGGGGAUUGGAAAUGCCUUUUCUAUGACUUAGCAUCCUGUGGUGCUGGUAGAACGUGGUACCCGUGUGUAAACCUAGCGCCAUCACUAGCGUGGCAUCAAGUCAGAAUUAGAAUCGGUCAUUGCCCGGCAUCUUCCUUGCGGAGCCCACGUCCAGAGGCUGGUCUUGUUGAGACAGAUAAGGGUGUUCAGCUGUGGCAUGUCAGGAGUUCGGGCCGUCGCUCUGAUCCGUGGCUAUUGUGCUGAAAAUCCGGGUGGAGAGACCAGAACUCUUCUGCUCUGAGGGCAUCUGUGGAGCUGCCUCUGUCUCCCACGACUUGCUGUCUGUUUGCCAGUCUUUGGGAGUCUAACUGUGAGACUGAUUUUUAAAAAAAAAAAGGUUAAGGUCUUCACCUUCUCUCCUGAAUGCCCCAAUUCUACCCAUUUUUCGAGAUCCCAGUUCAAACACCACGUACUCCCACAAUCUCUCCCAUCCCCCGUGGCUGGCGGUCUCUGCACCUGAGGCGCAGGGGAGCCUUGCGGACUUGGCUGAGGUGUUAGGCUUUGCUUCCUCCAGCUCCUGAGGACCGGGGUGCCCUGGGACCUCCGCACGUGACAGUGCAGGGAAAAUUCCCCGUGGCCUCCUAGCAAGAGGUCAAAUUCAGGAAGGCUUUCCUGUCUCUGCUCGGAGCCGUGCUUGGGGCCCCGGGGCAGAUGCGGAGGUGCCCGGGCUCUCGUCCUCAUCCGGCCCCACUUCUGCUGGCUCCUCGUUUCUUCACCCUUAAUUGUUUGUUUGCUUUUUCCAGCCCUUAUCUCGGCUGCGCCUUCCAUCAGCCUGUCCUACCCCCUCCCCGGCUUCCUCUGUCUGCCCCCUGCAGUCUCCUCACCUCUGCGCAGCCCUUUAUCUCUCCCCAGCCUCCGUCUGCUCCGGGUGGGGAAUCUCUGUCCCUCUCUAUGUCUUAUCCCCCCUCCAAGGAGCAGGCCUCGCCAUCAAUCACCUCCCACCUCCUGACACCUACACAGAACCUUCCUCAGGAAGGACUAAGCGGUGGCCGGCAUCGAAAAUGCCCCGGACUGGCAUUUUACAGCCAGAUCUUUCUAAAGGGUAGGAUAUCUAGGGUCUGACGUCUUGACCACAGAGUAAAUCUCGGGCAUACUUUGCAAGAAAUUUCUCUUGGCCUUUGAGAGCCUCUAGUGACCCUGUUUUUCAAUACUGAAGCCAGGGGCGGUGGGUUGAUACUGCCUUGUCACUCAAGGGCCUCUGAGCAUUUUCCAGAUGAAAGCUGCCUCGUCCUUGUGACAUUCCUGCCAGUGACCAAAGCUCCUUCACACCGUCAGACGCGGAAGAGGGGCAAGGGGCUCUGCCAGGGGGCGAGACGUAGACCUAAGAAAAAUUUGAAAACGUUCUCUUGCUUUUUCAGUUCGCGGCAAGGGCCAAAAUUACCAACCUCCUUCUCUUGCAAGAGGAGCAUCUAUAUAUUAGCAACAGUAAAAUAUUUAAAAUACAAACAUCACCGUCUCUACGGUGUCUCUCUUCCUAGAAGAAGGUAGAAUGGACGUCUAAAUAGUGAGGGUCACUGACGCUCUCCCUUCCGGAUUUGUUUUACUAAAACUCCUGUCCCUCCCAAAUCUGCCCAAGUGUUUGCUCCCCGUGGAGAUGCUUAUCCACCCCUCACCCCCAGUCACUCAGUGUCGGGUACACGGUUUUAGGCCCUUAAUGUUUCCUCCUUCU